AUGAAGCAACUAGCGUUGCUGCUGGUGGGAGUCGCCUUGUCAUAUGCCGCCACAAUCCCUGUGAACCCACAGUCGGAUGUUUUGGCCUGGGAUCCAGACAAAAGUAAACAACAAGAAGUUUUUGCCGAAAAAGAACCGAGGAACUUCGUCGAGCUCUUCCAAUUAAAUUCACAAAAUGUUCAUCUGUAUUAUUUUUCAGGCUACUUUUCUGAGGGUCGUGAGUACGUGUACGAGUAUGAGGGUCAAGUUCUCAGCGGACUACCGGGGGUUAGCAAGGAGGUGGCCGGUAUCAAGAUUGUGGCAGACACCCGCAUACAGAUGAAGGAAAAUGGAAAAUGUCUGCUCAGGCUUGAAGGAGUAAAACUCCACAAAGUUCUGACGAAGACCGAGAAUCCUGCAAAGCAACAAGUCGAGGAGAAACUCCAACGUCUGGAUUUCAUCUACGAAUCUCCCCUAGUUGUCCAGCUCGUCAAGCCCAUCGAGUUCACAUAUGUUAGCGGAAAGGUGAGCAACAUCAUCCCCUCUAUGGAGGACCCGGUCUGGUCUACAAACAUCAAGAAGGGUAUCGUAGAACUGAUGCUUGUCAAUAUCCGGGGGACCAACGACUUGAACGAACCCACAGCACAGAGCACUGAUGGGACCUCAAUCACCAGACAAAAGAAGUACUACCGCGUGAUGGAGAAUGGCGUUGCUGGAAACUGUGAGUCUGUGUACGACGUCAAAGUCUCAAAGCCUGUCAUGAAACUUGUGGACAACAAAGUCCCUGCUCUCCGCUAUGUCUUGAACAUUACCAAGACUCGCGAUCUUAUCGAGUGCCAAAGACGCAACCAGCGCAGUGAGGUCUCCCUCCUUUCGGGUCAGAAGUGUCAACAUUGCUGGGACCCCAAGCAAGAGAACGUUGAAGAGCCAAGACCCCAGGAAGGCCAGCCAAAGCAGGGCAAGGAAGACUUCAUGACCUGUCUGAACAAGGUUCGCUACGGCAUCAGCUUGAAGGACCAUGACAAGUUCCUGAUUGACACCGUGGUUGUUGAGGGAAAACACGUCUUCAUGCCUUUUGGUGAGAAGGGAGGAAAGGCCAUCACCUUUGUCAACCAAGCCUUUGUCUUGAGGAGCAACAAAGAGAUCCCUGAUGAGGAGGUGAUCCCCGAGGUCCAGAACCCCAAGCAGAUGCCGGAGGACCUGUCCUUUAUCUUCCAGGAGAAGUCUAGCCACGACCACGACACAGAAGAGGAAAGCCAACUUUCUGAAGAGGACAUUCGUAGCUCGGUGACGGACCACGUUGAAAAGAUCAUUGCUGGCAUCCAACAAGACAAGAUCACCGAGGAAGCUCCUCUCAACUUCAUCUACAUGGUCAAAUCACUCAAGAGACUCAGCCCCAUUGAGCUUCAGAAUGUCUUUGACAGGCUCGGCAAGAAACUCGCUGAUGAUGAUGAGCCGACGAAGGUUAAGAAGCAGAUUGUGCAGGACGCCAUCCUGCAGGUGGAGAAUGAUAAAGCUGUUGAGAUAUUGACCGAUGAGAUCGAAGAGCGUCAAAUCAUAAAGGAAGAGGCAAGCCAAGUCUUGAGCACCCUGGCUCUCAUCAACAAACCCACAGUGGAGAUGCUUGACAAAGUCUUGCGACUGUGCAGAGGUCCUACCCUGUCACUUGAUGAUGUUAAAGACAUCAAGACGACCUGCUGGUUGACCUUUGGGUCAUUGGUUCACAAAGCAUGCAAGGUCAACAAGAUCUGCACCCAAGACAAACUCAAUGAGUACUCGUUGCAUCUCCUGGAAGGUAUUGAUGCAACUAGCCCCAAUGAUGAGAAACGCUUCUUCCUGAAGGCCAUCGGUAACGCCGGUCUCGUCCUCAAGAAGACCCCAGUGUCUCAGACAGACUCCAUUGAUAGAAUCAGCGAGCUGAUCAAGCAUGAAGUGGCUGACAUUGAUCUCAGAGUCCAGGCUAUCUACUCACUGCGCCGUGUCUGCAAGGAACAUACACAUAGGGUCAUCUCUCUCCUGAUGCCAUUCCUUAAAGACAUUGACGAGGAUCACGAGAUCCGUAUUGCAUCUUAUGUGAUCAUCAUGGAUUGUGAGCCUAAGCUGGACGAUGUCCAGUUCAUUGUGACUGACCUUCAGAAGGAUAAAUCCAAGCAGGUCAUCAGCUUCAUCUACACCCACCUUGAGGGACUCGUCAAGAAUCCUAAACUCUGCAAGUUCAGUUUGACAGAGGUGGCUAGGAAGGUGCUACUGACCCUGAAGCCGAUUGUCCAAGGCAUGCAAUACUCCAAGAGGUUCAUGUGGUCCUUCAACGCUGUCCAAGAGAAAGUUGCUCUGACCACCGAGGCGUCCAUGAUCAAUACCCCAACCUCACCAUUCCCAGUCCGCGGCGCCGUCAAACUCGGAGCAACCAUCCUCAACAGGCAGAUGAACCUGAUGGAGGUGGGGUUCCAUGCCAAGUGUCUGCGCGACAUUGCUGAGAAGAUUCUAGGCGUGGCCAGACCAGCGAGCCCCAAGCUGGAGAAGCUCUUGAGGAAUAACGGGCGAGUAAAUGAAGACAAGUCUAUCGUCGAGAGAGAUUUGGCGCAUCUUGAUAAUGUGCUACCAACAACCAGGGUACAAACCAACGUUGACACGGCGAAGGCUUCAGCUUACAUGAAGCUGUUUGGCAAUGAGCUAAGGACAAUCACCGUCGACAAAACCACCAUUUGGGAAUGGCUUGAUGGAAGAUCUGAGAAGAUGCAAGAGCUUGAGAAUAAGAUCCUCACCAGCCAAGUGCCGUACUCCUACCUCAAGAUCUUCAGUCUCGGCCGCGGAAUGCACGAGAUUCCAACACAGGUCGGUCUUCCUCUCAAGAUCUCCUUCGACACCGCUGCCGUCCUGGCCCUGGACAUCUCUGGCAAGGCUCGCAUGACACCUACCCUGACCGAGGUGCUGAGAACCAAAAACGGAAAGCUGAACAAUAUCAGCGUCGCUGGAUCAGUUAAGCCAAGAGUUGCCGUGACUAUGCAAGCCAAGAUGACCGUUGGUCUUGAUGACACCGUCAGGACCGGCCUCGGCUUGGUGGGUUCCUUGAACUCCUCCGCCAUUCUGAAUGGCAACGUCAUCGUAGACGUUCCCAAGAGGCUCUUCAAGUCCAAGCUUGAUACCCCGACCACCGAGCACCAGGUCCUCUCCCUCCGAAGCAGACCUUUCACUUACAACUCCCUCGUCGGGGCCAAGUCAACAGAGGAGAGUGUUCAAGAGCCAGCGAUCAGAAACUCAGUGGAGGACUCAUCAAGAUCCAUUCAUGAGAAACGCAUUGUCCAGGGAGAACUGAUGGCCAAGAAACCUGUUACCAAAAAAUGGAGCGUUGGCAAAGAGUCCCUUGGAGUUGAGGUUGAAAUGAAUACUCGUCGGGUGCCACGCUCAUGCGGCUGGACCUACAGACCAACCCAACUUCUAUUCAACGGCCCGAUUGACGUCAAUGUCACAACCCGACGUGGUGUGGAUGCCCCUGAGCAGGUCACUUGUACCGUGAAACUGGAGACUAAGAACUUGACCCAAGUUCAGUACCAAGCAUUCAAGGACAAGUACUUGAUGAAAAAGAACUUCACAACCGAAUCCAGCUCAGAGGAAUUCUCCGAAGGGCACGGAAGUGAUCAUUCUGACCACAAGAAUAAAAAUUAUCCUCCCCAAUUGAGCCAGUCGGUUCUGAAGUUGGACCACACUGACUUUGAAAACUGGAUGUUCCCUAACGCCAAGUCAGCUGAGACAAUGACGACCACUCACAAGAUGGCGCAUCAUCAGACCCCAAUUAGUGGCAGCAGCUUUGAGCUCUUCAACGUCUUGGUCAAUAUCAGCACCAUGGGAAGCCAGCCCAUCCGUGAGUUGGUCAGCCAGAUCAGUUUGGACCAGCAGGAUGAGUUCUACAAAGCUCUCCGUAUCGACGUUCUCACCAACAAGAAGACAUUCAUCAGGGAUCCCGUCCACCAAGACCAGUUCCAGGAUAGCGUUGAUUAUGCCAACGCGGUGAAGACUCUCUGCAUCCAGGCGGAGGUGGAACACCCAGCCAACGUCAUGACUCUCCCAGCCAACGAGAAACUAGAAUCUGUGGAAGGACUUCCAGAUGUACCAAAAGAUCCCAAAGUCCUCUUCAAGUUCAACACCCAGUGGGGAAGAAGCUGUAUGACUGACCAGAAGAUUCAGCUCAAGGCCCGUGUUGAGAGAUCAGAGGAGCAGAAGCAACGUCUGAGUGAGGAAACCCCAUACAAGAUGGAGUGCAUGCAGGACCUUAGAAACGGCAACAAGUACACCGAGGCCUGCAAGAGAUUCCGUCUUGAGCGUGAGGAACUCCGCGCUGUUAAUGCCGAACUCACUCACAAUGAGAAAACGAGCCGGGUAUACUUGGAGGCUUUCUACCAGGGCAUUCAGAUGGUGAAGAAUAUGCUUUGGCAGAACGUCAGGACAAAGCAGGCUAAAGUAUUCAAUUUGGACAAGACGGUCCUUUUUAGCGCAGAGAUUGAAGAAAACCAGAAGAACUUCAAUAUGACCAUGAAAGACAUUAGAGAAAAUAUCCACUUUGACCGUGUCUGGAUCCCGAUGAUGGUCCAGGAUUCUCAGAUUGUGGCCCCCUACAAUAUGCAGAAGCGCAUGGUCCAGAGCUACGGACAGGAAUGGCUGAGCGGACGUAACAUCAAUCAGUGCAAGGCUCUGAGGAAUAACUCCAUCAUUACAUUUGACAAAGUCUUGUAUAACUACAAGGAGAGUCAAUGUAAUCACAUUCUGGCCAAGGAUUGCUCCAAUAAAGAACGCUUUGUCAUCCUCAGCAAGGUUCACGAACAGGACAGCACCAAGAAGGUGGUUACCGUCUACCUCGACAACACAAAGAUUCAGUUCAUCCCGGAUCAAACCACUCAGGAGGUCGUCAUCAAGGUCAACGACACCAAUACCGAUUUGCCGGUCUUGCACAAGCUGGUCGUCAAGGAAGGCGGAGUCAUGAAGCAGGUUGCAAUCGACACCCAGAAGAUCCACAUCAUGUCUGUGGCCCCACACAAGGAUUAUAACGCUGAACCCAAGCCCAUAGAUAGAUCAAACAGUGCGAGCUCUCAGGAAGAUUACCUUGCCAGUAAUCUGGAGGCUCAUGUUUGGGACCAGAUGAGAGAGCACAUCAAGAACGAAGUUGUUGCCCCAGCACAGACCCAGGCCCACAAGCCCAAGACCCUGGUCCAGAUCGUCCGCCCCAAGCUCGGAGAUUCUAUCAUGCUGUUUGCUCCGGAGCAAGAACUCAAAGUCUUCUUUGACGGACACAACAUCAAGAUUGAGCUGGCCCAGAAGUAUAAGGAUAUGCUGUGUGGUUUGUGCGGAGACUUCAAUGGUGAGACCAGCAACGAGUUUGUCGGACCAAACAGAGAGGUGUACAAGUGGCCCCAACAGUUCGGACGUAGCUACCAAGUCUCCACUCCAGAAUGCUCUAGAGUCGAUCACUGCACACCCGUAACAAACUUCACAGUGGACAGAGACGUCUCGCUGACAAAAGAAGAACAAACCAUCUGUGUCUCAAGGACCCCGGUACCCAGAUGCCCGGACACCUGUGUAGUCGCCGAGUCAUGGCCCAUCGAUGUGGAGUUUGUCUGUGCCCCUUCAAAGGAGACAAGCAACCCCAACCCCUUCGAGGGACUCACCAGGCAACAGGUCAUCAACAAGUAUGGUGUCAAGCGACCCGACUACAAGAGAACCGUGGACAUGGCUGUGAAGUGCAGGAACUAGACCACAAAGGAUUUCGGAAUGGACAACUGGAUUAUCUUUAAAGCUUAGUUGAUGAUGAAUGCAAGAGAUUAUUUAAUAAUAUUAAAUUAUUCAUAUUAUUUCUGAUUUACACGAGCUCAAGGUUGCUCUGACAACUCACCUUUUCAAAAUGUAUUUAGUGCAUAGUUUUGUUGCUUUCCAUUGUUAACUAUUGUAUGUUUCCUUAAUUGUUAUUUUGCUUUCUUUUCACUGGAUGUAUGUAUUGUUUUGUUGACAUUGUCUCUACUGCACCUUGCACAGCUCUUCAGAUUGAUAUGGCGCAUACAAAUACAAAUGCCUGUUUUUAUUAUCAAAAGGAAAUGGUUUUAAGAAAUGCGAGAGAUUGAUUUUAAUACUUAACAUUAAAAAUAAACAGAUUUAAGAAACGCUCGAGAUUAACUAUUUAAGAUCAAAAGGAAAUAGAUUUAAAAAAUGCUAGAGAUUAAUUUAUAUUUAAGAUAAAACUGAAAUGGAUUUAAGAAAUGCUAGAGAAUAUUUAAGUGUUAACAGAUUUACAAUAUGCUUAGUAUUAAUAACUCUUCUGCUAGCAAACUUUUGAGUUUUGAUUUGUCAUUUAAACUAAUGCUCUUCCUUUUAAAUAUACUUUAAAGAAAUCAAACAAAUCUGGACUUUCAAAAACAGGAUGAUGGUGAAAUGUCAAAAGCAUUUUGGAAAUCCCCUUCAAUAAUGUCAUUGAGUUUUUGCGAUUGAUAUUUUCGAUUUGGGGUAGGGUUUUGUGGUUAUAUGUAUUAUUGUAAUUGUGUACGAAAAGUUGUUGAUCAACUUUUUGUUCCUGUUUAUUUAUUUAACUUUGUGACCAAGUCAAGAAAGUUUGUUUGGUGAUUACAUGAAUGGAAGCAUUUUUGAAAGUCUCUUUAUUUAAACCAUUUGAUUAUUGUUGUUGAAGUUGUCAUUGGUUUUUUUUUAAAUGUAAGUUUAUGAUUGUGUUAAAAAAUAUGUUGAUGUUUUUUGCCUUUUUUAACUUUGUGACCAAGUCAAGAAAUUGUGCAUUGUAAUUAUUAAAGCGAAACUGUUUUAUACCAUAACAUUUUUUUUCUGAUUGAUUUAAUUCCAUUUCAACAUAUGUUACUACUUUAUUUACAACAUU